ACAUCACCUCGGAGCAGGCUCUUAAGCGGCCCCGAGACGGGGGGAGAAUUGUUCUGCCCGCUGGGGAGAGCUAGGAGGUCGGAGCGGAGGAGCAGCGGAGUAGAGGAUAGGAGGAUCGGAGGAUCGGAGGAUCGGAGAUCGGAGGUUGGAGGAUUGGAGGAUUGGCCAGGAGCCGGAGCUGCCGGGGACAGACCAAGGUUGGGAGAGCGCCUUUGGGGCUCGGGCCACAGGGCCCCCCCUCCCUGCUCUGCAGGGCCGCCCAGCCGCUGCCCCCCUUCUCGACCUUCUCGGCCGCCGACUUCCAGAGUUUGCCGACAGCGGGCGUCCGCUCUCCCUCUUGCGCCUCUUGGCAUUCUAUUCCUCCCGGAGCGCCCAGGUGAGCCUCGGACCCCGCUAAACCCCUGUAGGCGUCCCCCCCCCGUAGCCGCCACCGCCGUCGCAGCCGCCGGGCCGGGUCCCCAGCAGCUGUCCGAGUCUCCCCCCGCCAGCCCCGGACACACAUGAGAUUCUUCAGGCUGACUUUCAAGUGUUUUGUCGACUGCUUCUGAGUACCCCCCCUCCCGCCCCCUCGAACCUCACGGCCCUUUAUCCUCCCCCCAACUAGGGGAAUUCCCAUCCUUUUCCCCUUCCCCACCCCCUCCCCUUCCCUCUGGAAAAUAGUUUUCCCCCCCUCCCCAAAUUCUGGGGGUUGCUCCCUUGCUGCUCCCGUAGAUCUUGGGCUUGUGCCCUCCUCCCCCAAUUGUUAGGGGCAUCUGUCGACAGUUGGCGAAUUCUUUAGAGGGGAUUUGGGGAGACCACCUUGUGGGUCAGAGCACCCGGGCCUCCCGGGGUGUCCCCCUCCUUUAAAGGGGACCGGAGUACCUAGACAGUGUCCUUUGUAUUCUCUCCGUGGUCCCCCUCGCCCCAAUCCGAGCCCUCUGUCGUAUUCCCUCCACACACACACUCACACAUUCUCACACACACAUAUACACACACACAUACAUACAUAUACACACACCCCAGCCCUGCCCUAUUAGCGGGGCCAUGGCGAAGAAGACCACAGAGAACGGCAUCUACAGCGUGUCCCGGGAAAAGAAGGGCUCGCUUCUUGACUCCGCGGACGGGGCCCCCCCAGCCAAGGCAGAGGUGGUGGCAGCCGGGCGGGGGGGCCCGGGCUCAGGCCCAGGCCUGGCCAUCCCGCCCCGGGAGACAUGGACCCGCCAGAUGGACUUCAUCAUGUCUUGUGUGGGCUUCGCGGUGGGCCUUGGCAACGUCUGGCGUUUCCCAUACCUGUGCUACAAGAACGGCGGAGGAGUAUUUCUCAUCCCAUAUCUUGUGAUUGCUCUCCUGGGAGGGAUCCCCAUUUUCUUCCUCGAGAUCUCGCUGGGCCAGUUUAUGAAAGCUGGCAGCAUCAAUGUUUGGAACAUCUGCCCCCUCUUCAAAGGCCUAGGAUUUGCCUCGAUGGUGAUUGUCUUCUAUUGUAACACUUACUACAUCAUGGUGCUGGCCUGGGGUUUCUACUACCUGGUGAAGUCCUUCACGGCCUCACUACCCUGGGCCUCCUGCGGGCAUGACUGGAACACCCCAGAGUGUGUGGAGAUCUUCCGCCUGGAGGAUUGUGCCAAUGCCAGCAUAGCCAACCUCACCUGUGACCAACUCUCAGAUCAGCGCUCCCCUGUCAUUGACUUCUGGGAAAAGAAAGUCCUUCGCCUGUCUUCAGGUCUAGAGGUGCCUGGGGAUCUUAACUGGGAGGUGACUCUCUGCCUUCUAGCCUGUUGGGUUUUGGUCUAUUUCUGCGUCUGGAAGGGAGUCAAGUCAACCGGAAAGAUUGUUUAUUUCACUGCUACAUUCCCGUAUGUCGUCCUACUUGUCCUGCUGGUGAGGGGGGUCAUGCUGCCAGGAGCAUUGGACGGCAUCAUCUACUAUCUCAAGCCUGACUGGUCGAAGCUGGGGUCUCCACAGGUGUGGAUUGAUGCUGGCACACAGAUCUUCUUUUCCUAUGCCAUCGGCCUGGGGGCACUCACAGCCCUGGGCAGCUACAAUCGUUUUAACAACAACUGCUACAAGGACGCCAUUAUACUGGCGCUCAUCAACAGCGGCACCAGCUUCUUUGCUGGCUUUGUGGUGUUCUCCAUCCUGGGCUUCAUGGCCACAGAACAGGGUGUGCACAUCUCUAAGGUGGCUGAGUCAGGACCAGGGCUGGCCUUCAUUGCAUAUCCCCGGGCUGUUACCCUGAUGCCUAUGGCUCCACUCUGGGCUGCCCUCUUCUUCUUCAUGUUACUGCUGCUCGGCCUGGACAGCCAGUUCGUAGGGGUAGAAGGAUUUGUCACUGGUCUCCUGGAUCUCCUCCCAGCCUCCUACUACUUUCGUUUCCAUCGGGAGAUCUCUGUAGCUUUGUGUUGUGUAGUCUGCUUCAUCAUUGACCUUUCCAUGGUUACUGAAGGCGGCAUGUACGUCUUCCAGCUGUUUGACUACUAUUCGGCCAGUGGUGUGACCUUGCUGUGGCAGGCUUUCUGGGAGUGUGCAGUGGUUGCCUGGGUUUAUGGUGCUGACCGGUUCAUGGAUGAUGUUGCCUGUAUGAUCGGCUACCGGCCUUCCCCUUGGAUGAAAUGGUGCUGGUCCUUGUUCACCCCACUGGUCUGCAUGGGCAUCUUCACCUUCAAUGUGGUAUAUUACAAGCCACUUGUAUACAACAACACCUACGUGUACCCAUGGUGGGGCGAAGCAGUGGGCUGGUGCUUUGCCUUUUCCUCCAUGCUGUGUGUGCCGCUUUACCUACUCUACCACCUCCUCAGGGCCAAGGGGACAUUCAUUGAGCGUUGGCGUGACCUGACCCAGCCAGUGUGGGGUGUCCAUCACUUGGAGUACAAGGCCCCUGACUCUGAUGUCAGGGGCCUGACCACCCUGACUCCAGUGUCUGAGAGCAGCAAGGUCAUCGUGGUGGAAAGUGUCAUGUGACCUGCCCUUGCGGGGGUGGGGCAGGAAGGGGGCACCUGCCUCUGCCCCCAGUGCCCAAAGCCAAUGGGGAGAGACAGCCACGCUCCCCCUCUCCUUUGCCUACCCACUCCCCCACCAGCCUCCCUUCUUUUAGCCAUAGUAAAACCCCCUCUCACUCCUUUCAACCCCCCUCACUGAGACCCUGGGGAGGGGGGAGCCUUUUCUGUAUGAUACUGAUAGAGGGGACCCGGGUCAGGCUGGGGCCACAGUGUAUGAGUGCUUGAGUUGAACUGGUUUUCUCUUCUUUUUUUAAAAUAAAACACCAAAAAAAAAAUAAAAUUUUAAAAACACCCACCAAAAUCAAGAUCCCACCCCCACCCAUGGCACCUAGUCUAGUUAGUGGGAAUGUUUUCCACUUUAGUUGCCCCCCCUCCCCAUUUGGGGAGGGAGCUGACCUCCAGAGGAGCAAGCCCCUUCUUGGUGGAUGGUGGACUCCCUUGACCCCCCUGGUGUCACUACAGUCCAGUCCCCUCCAUCCUUCGUGGGAGCCAGCUGCAGCUUACCUGUGUGUGGAGCAACUCAGCUGGAGUAAACAAUUUGAAGCUCCUCUUCCCCCGCUCCCCCCACCCCUCCCCAGCUUUUAGACCUUGUUGGUUAGGAGUCUUCUGGCCCCUGAUCCUCAAGACCAAAUUCCUGACAACCCCCAAGAUUAAGGUGUGUAUGUGUGUGGGUGGGUGGUGUGUUGGCCUGCGCAUGUAUGUGUACAUAUAUACAGUGGCUAUAUAUAUAUAUACAGUAUAUAGAUAUAUACAAUACAUAUAUAUAUACAGUAUAUAGAUAUAUAUGGAGUUGAGAAUACCAGGUGUAAAUUAUGCCUGAGGGCAAAGAAGACUUGUAUUUUGCACAUUUUGUAAAAACUCUUAAGAGUGAUUUCUGCCUGUAUAUUUCUAAAAAGAGAAACAACCCUCCUCCAUCCCCAAACCCAAGAGAGCUUGAUAGAGAUCUAAUUUUGUUAGAAAAAAAAAAAAAGCUGAAAAAAAGCCUCCAACCCUGGUUUUGUUACAGGUUUUUGGUCCUCAGUCCCUCCUUCCUCACCACCAAGAGUGGUGAGGCCAGAUCCCUUACUCUGCCCCCUCCCCAGCAAUGUUGCCUGCCUGUGGCAUGGUGCCCAGUGUUUCUGGCCUUUUAGGAGGGAGGGAAGGGGCAUCUCCCAAAACACCAGCCUGGCACAACCCAUGGUGCCAGUUCACACUCAUCCCCGCCCCCAGCCCCUUCCCUUAAUGCCAUCCUGGGAAGGGGAAGGAAGGGGCACUGGAGGGCACCUCAGAACCCCUGCCCAUGUCCCCCCCACUAUGUCUGAUGCACUUUGCAUAUCUCAGUCUUCCACAUAGAAGCUUUAACCCGCAUUGUGUCAAAAGCAAAAACCGUGACAGCCAAAAUGGGCCUCACAAGAGACCGGGCCCACUCUAGGUCUUGGGGGGCACCCUGGGACAUUGUGACUGCUAAAAAGCCACCUGCAAACAUAGCAAUAAAGACAUGUCAUUUUUCAAA